AUGGUGUUCGCCAAAAUCUUCAGAGACAAGUACUCCAAGAAAGGUAACCUUCCUAUCUACAAGCUUGGAUCCAGGAUUCUGGAUCAUAAGCUGAGAGAUGGAGACAUUGCACUCUCUGCUAUAGUGCAAACUGUCUCUUCUUUCUCUCUUUCUUCUCCUUCUAAGGUGGUUAAGACUAAGAAAAACCCCUUGAAGUCUAUCCUGACCACCACCAUCCUUUCUACCAAACGUCCAUCUUCUCAACCCACUCUUGGUUCUCCAUCGAGGGCCAAGAAAGCCAAAAAGGGAACACCUACGUCUCUGGCUGUGACCUCUCAAAAGGUCUCAGCUAUUGAAACUCGCCUUACCCGCGAGGCCCUUUCAGUUACCGUUCCCAUCUCUUCAGUGAUUCCUACAGUCACUGUCGUACCUGUGGCUCAGCUCCCAACGGCCUCCGUGACCCAAAUCACUGAAGCAACUAUCCUCCCUGAUGAUGAAACACCCACCAUUGGACCUGAGAUUGCUCUUCUUGAGGCAUCUCAGCAAACAGUCGGCAAUCCUCUCAAAGGAAACUUGGACCGAACCAAUGUUAAUCCUUCAGAUAACGUUGAUGAACCCUCAACCAUAGCCAAAGAGGGAGAGACAGAGUCUGGAGAUGCUGCUGCUGAAGCUGUUGCCGCUGAAACUGUUGUUGUCCCAGCAAAUCAUAGUGAAGCUGAAGCUCAUCCUGAAGCUGAAGUUGAGGUUGCUGAUGAAAAUCCAACUUCCUGUGAAGCUCCUGAAGCUGAGGAUGUUGAUACCAUCCGAGCUAGCGCUGAAGCUCGUGACGAAGACCUUCCAAUCACCUUUGCAGCUAAUGCUGGUGAUAUGGAAGAUGAUGAUGAAGAUGAAGACGGUGAUUCUCCCGACCUUCCUGACGCUGGUGAAGAUCUGGGUAACGAUGAUGAUGAAGACGACGAUGAUGACGACUUCACCAUACAGUACCAGAGACCUUCCAGAUGCCAUGAAAGGCGUCGCUCUCAAGGAUUUUGCAUCCCGGGGGAGCAUGGGGAGAAAGAGAAGGAGACUCCAGAAAAGAAAGAGAACACCAAGUCAAAAGAAAAGGGUGUUGUUGAAGAAAGAAACUUAAAGGCAUUUCCUUUUUCUUUAAAAGAUCGGGAUAAGGAUAGGCUAUAUUCGGUACCCCCUAUUUCGGUAGCGACUUGGAACCAAAUGGCGAGGAAUCAGGACGGUACCGGAUCUGAACUUAAGGUGAAAAAGAGCCAGAGGAAAGAAGAGAAAGAGGCCAAGAUUAUGGGGACCAAACAAAGUGAGGAAAUAGUUGAAGAAAAGAUUGUUGAGGGAAAAGGUGCAACACACGAAGUGAUCAUCCAACCACCGUUUCCAAAGAGAUUCAAGCAAUCAAAGAAGGAUCAAGAAGACAAGGAGAUCAUAGAAACUUUUUUGUCGAGUUGA